AUGCUUCUCAUAUUGUCUGAUUAUUCCAGCAGAUUUUUGCAGAUACAGAACAGAACAAAUCUAACUGCCAACACAGUCUUUGUUCUUCUGGGAUUUAACGACCACCCAGAGCUUCAGACUCUUCUCUUCCUGGCUUUCCUCAACAUCUACAUGCUAACUGUGGUUGGCAAUUUCAUCAUUGUUGUGCUGGUUGUCAAUGAUGUACAUCUCCACACCCCCAUGUAUUUCUUCCUAGGCAACCUCUCAUGCUUGGAGAUCUGCUACACAUCCACCAUCCUGCCCAGGCUGCUCUUCAGUCUGCUGACAGGGAAUAGAACCAUUUCAGUUCAUGGUUGCAUUAUACAAUAUCACUUCUUUGUUUUUUUGGCUGUUGCAGAGUGUUAUCUCUUGGCUGUGAUGUCAUAUGAUCGGUUUUUAGCCAUAUGUAACCCACUGAGGUACAUAUAUCUCAUGAAUAGCCGAGUAUGCAUCUGGCUUAUUAUCAUCUCUUGGAUGAGUGGGCUGCUAAAUGUCAGCAUAGUGGCAUCACUGUUGUGGAAAUUCAUGUUCUGUGGUACCAAUGAAAUUGAACAUUUCUUUUGUGACCUAGCCCCUGUGUUAAAGCUUUCCUGCAGCAAUACUCAGUUAGCAGAACUUGUAAUUUUCAUUUGUUCCUCCAUCAACACUGUUAUCCCCUUCCUACUUACCCUGAUCUCAUACAUAAAUAUUAUCAUCACCAUUCUCCAAAUGAAGACCAAGGCUUCGAGGCAGAAAGCCUUCUCCACUUGUUCUUCCCAUCUGACUUCAGUAAUCCUUUUCUAUGGGUCUCUGAUUUGUGUCUAUGUACUUCCAGAAACUAGCAUGUUAAAGGGGCUUCAUAAAACCUUCUCCCUCUUUUAUACUGUCUUCACUCCAAUGCUCAACCCACUUAUCUAUAGUCUAAGAAACAGAGAGGUCAAGGUAUCUUUUUUUAGAAUUGCCACUAAAAUUGUCAAUGUAGUUCACACCUUACCUUAA